UUUUCCUCUUAAUUCAAACCAGAGGUGGUGUCGUAUAAAUAGCGGCAGUCUAUUGACAGCUGAUCAUUUAGUACAGAAUCACUGUUUUGCACACAGAAAUCCUUUAGCUGAAGAACAUGAGUGCGUCGGCGAAUGGGGACCCUGGGACUAUACCCCCACCCUACGUCAUCUCAGUGGGUGAGACGGAUGAUGUUAAGGUCUAUCACCCGCACACGCCAUUUACCCCCCCAGAGAGCACCCCGUAUCGCAACGUCCAACCCGAAUCCAAGAACAAGUUUGUAAGUUAUGAAACCGAGCUGUCCCGUUCCCCUGGAAUGACGACAUGUAUAAACUGUCAACAGCAGGUCAUGACUGAAGUUACCUACAAAGUUGGAGCCUAUGCAUGGCUCAUGUGCCUGCUCUUUAUACUCUGUGGGCUGGUGAUUGGAUGCUGCCUACUCCCCUUCUUCAUGAAAUUCUUCAAGGAUGUCUACCACUCCUGCCCCAAGUGUCACCAGAUCAUAAACGUGCAAAAGAAGAAAUGUUGCUAACACUGGGAUCUCCUCAACAGCCAGUGCAAACCUCACACAACCUUCAUAGUUAAGCAAUAUGGGUGCAUGUACCAGAAACUUGCUCAGUCUUCAGCUGAACUACGGCCAAGUGAGAGAAUGAUUGUUAAUCAGAAGUCAUUUUUAUGCACAAAGGCAUCCAGGAAGAUGUCAUCCCAGAAAUGUCUAGGAUAUCCCAAGAUGUAUGAAUAUUUUGUAAAUAAUCACAUCUUAUGGUGUAUUGAAGUACUUUUAAACGCAACAAUUCAAUAAAGCCAGUUAAUUUUCCAA